CGGACAUGGUGCUAUCUGACUCUCGUUGCGCCCCCAACCAACGUCGCUUCUUCUGUUCCACGGUAGCCAAACGCCCAUUGUCAUCGAAACACUCCAACACGACGGACAGAAUGCCCGAGCGCACCUGCUAUGGCCGCUACCGAUGAGCAGACCGAACGUGCACACAGGCCAGCGUCACCAAGGCUGAACGACGGCUCAGGCCAAACAUGGCUUUCUUCCAAUGAUGGCAGUCAUGUCGGCGGCCCCAUCUCCAGCGCCUCAGCGCUCCCCACGAUAUCCUCUGAUGAAGACCGGACCUCCGAGGAAGAUGAAUCGCCGCGGACGAGUAGCCGCAACGAAUGGUCGCGAUCCUCGUCUAUAUCGGAGCAUUUGACCCCAGAGUCGACAUUCGACGACAAUGCGAAACCCGAGAACAUGUCGAGCGAACAAGCCGAGACAAGAUCGCGAAGUAGGAGCAGCACUCAUACCGUUCAAAAGCUGUCGGCCGCCGAGAUCCAAGACCUCACAAGCUCGCCCGACUCGCUUCCAGUGGCGCCAGCUGCGCAACGGAGGUCCAUUGACCAGCAACUGGAACCCAGAGCAUUAGAUGAUCUCGAUAUCCCAGGGCAGGCUUUUGCACAUGGCCAUGAAACCAGAAGUCCAGAACCGGUGCAAACCAGCGUCCCGACCCUGGACGUACCACGAAGUGGCGGGCGUUCGUGGGCCACGAGAGAUUUCUCACGACGCCCUCCUCCAUCGCAACGGACAGUAUCGACGCCACCGAGCACCAGGGCGGAUCCGACAACUGAUACAUCGACGACUCUGAAAUCACCUCGACGUUUCUCCAUGAAUCCGCCUCCCCGGCCUGCCUCUUUGCACAUCAGUCUCGAUGGCCUGUCACCACACUACUUGCCGCCAGAAAUCAAGACCGGGCCAUCAGCUGUGAGCACACCGGGACCAUCAGAACAUCCGAGCCUAGCGCCGCCAUCGUCGCCGUUGCCGAAUAAGAUUCCGCUCCCGCCGAUGUCGAUACCAACGCACCUACAGCUCGAAAUUGCCGCGCAAAGGCCCAGUCCGCUGUACAUCUUCCAUCCCCAUACGAGUGAUAUGCCAUACGAAUCCAGCGCCGUCAAAUUUGAGCGCCUGAAGAACGUCCUCUUGAUCCCGACCUACCUUGAACGAACACUGUACUUUGGGGCCUUGGCGUGUCUAGAUGCCUGGCUAUACACAUUCACUAUACUACCCAUCCGUUUCGUGCAGGCAGUUGCCGUGCUCAUCAGGUGGUGGGCCUACGUGGUUGCUAAGGAAGCCAGGUGGCUCGUUUCAUAUGUUUGGGGCGGUGUAGGUCGCCUGAGAGAGCGCGGGCGCGAGAGACACAGGGACGGCACCACAACGAGCCGGUCUCGCAGUUGCAGCACAGCCAGCGAGUUCUCCGUUGAUGUUGACGGCCCUUCAACGAUCCGCGACCGUUUCCCCAAUCGUUCACGAGGUGACUCGCGUAUCAGCAGUGGGUAUACCAGACCAUCCCAGGCUGGCCAUGACCCGGGGCCAAGGACCGGUACCUUUCGCCACAGGAGGACAAAAUCAAUGCCUUCUAGCCUGACGGCCUUCCACAAAGCCGACCUCUUGCAGGGGCUUGUCAUCAUCUGCAGUUCCAUGGCCCUCAUGACCUUGGAUGCCAGCCGCAUGUACCAUUUCAUUCGGGCGCAGUCGGCGAUCAAGCUCUAUGUCAUCUACAACAUCCUUGAAGUGGGCGACCGUCUCCUCUCCGCGUUAGGACAAGACAUCCUAGAGUGUCUCUUCAGCACCGAAACAUUGUCGAGGAACGCAUCUGGACGAUCCAAGGUGCUUCUACCACUGGGAAUGUUCAUUCUGUCGUUGUUAUAUUGCUGUCUGCACUCGGUAGCUCUGUACUACCAGGUCAUCACUCUCAACGUGGCCGUCAACUCGUACUCGAACGCCCUGCUCACGCUGCUGCUAUCCAAUCAAUUUGUGGAAAUCAAAAGCACAGUGUUCAAGCGGUUCGAGAAGGACAACCUGUUCCAACUUACAUGCGCGGACAUUGUGGAGCGCUUCCAGUUGUGGAUCAUGCUGUUCAUCAUCGGUCUGCGCAACUUUGUGGAAGUUGGCGGUCUCACCGUGCCCGGAGCUGCAUUUGAGGGCGCAGACGAGGACGGCUCGACCGGCGGGAUCCCUCCGCUGCACAACACGUCAAUACUGCCGCACAGCUUCACCGUGCUGCCAUCCUGGCUCAUGUCGGGCGAAGUGCUGUCCCCGUUCCUGAUUGUGAUCGGGAGCGAGAUGCUUGUGGACAGCAUCAAGCACGCAUACGUGACCAAAUUCAAUAACAUCAAACCCAACUUUUAUGGUAGGAUCCUUGACAUUCUGUGCAAGGACUACUACACCAAUGCAUUCACGAGCCCUUCUCUCACGAGGCGGUUAGGCCUGGCAGUCAUUCCCCUGUCAUGCCUCUUUAUCCGGGCUUCGUUCCAGACCUACAACAUGUUUCUCUCGACGCAUUUACCAAUGCCCACACCACCGUCCACACACACCUCCCUGGCUCAGGCCUCAGCCACGCCCUCCUCGCCAGCCAUGAUGGCCGCACUGAAUCGCUUCGACUCGUUGAUUCGCGAUUCUCUGGGUCGCGCAACCUACGGCUACCCGUAUGGCUCACCACUGAACUCUCGACCUUGGUAUUCCUGGACGACCGACGACUUCAUCGCCACCCUCACCAUGAUAGUCUUUUUUUUCAUUGCUUUCCUGGUGCUUCUCAUCUUGAAGCUCCUGCUGGGCAUGGUUCUGCUCAAGUACGCACGCAAUCGAUAUGCUCAAAUGCGUCACGCAGAAGGCUUGGUGGCCGCCAACAAGGCCGAGCGUGAAUCGUACGACGCCGCAGGCCGCAGAGUCGGCGGGUACGGCCACGUAGAAGUGGGCGAGGAGCGACAGAAAUGGAUCCAUGCAGACGAGACUGAAGGCUUGAAAGGCGGCAAGGGACCCGGGAGCAAGAGGGUCGACAUUGACGACAAGAAGAAGCCGGAGGCCGAGUAUAACGGCGUGAACCGGUAUGAAAUGAUUGCAAAGCGCAUUUGGUAGGCGUUCAGGGUUCUAGGCACUUGCCGGCGUUUAGCGUAGUACAUACGAGAAUUGGAAUUCACACACGGCAACGUUCAGAUCU